AUGAACACGAGUAAGAGCGAGACAGUGAAAGAGCACCCGUUAAAGCCUUCGCGCAGAUCGAUGCCAUGCCUGGCGCAGAGCCAGACGCACCCGCAGAGCCUCACCAAGCACUCCUCCUUUCUGCAGCCAAACCGGGUGCAGCCCCAGCCUCUCAGCGCGGGGACGUCCUCGGCGACCGUGGACGUGGUGUCGGAGCGAGCGAAAGUGAUGGAAACACUGGAAAACAACUUGCUCCAAUUGUCUAACACAGAAUACAGUGAUCCAUUUUUAGAGAUAGGAAAGGCCAAAGACACGUACACGGAUGACUCGGAACACGGGAAUUACGACACUCGCACAGAUCAGUCACUGCUCAUUCAAAGCAGACUUACCAGGCAGAAAACAGAACCUCGGGCCAAAUCAUCUUUAAAGUCUGAAACGAAUGCCAUGGCAUCAUCAGGCCUCUUCUUCAAAGACGGCAAGAAACGCAUUGAUUACAUCUUGGUCUACAAAAAGUCAAGUCCCCAGGUAGAAAAGAGAAGCACGUUUGAGAAGAACUUGCGAGCUGAGGGCUUGAUGCUGGAACGAGAGCCAGCUGUUACAAACAGUGAUAUUAUGUUCGUUAAAAUUCACUGUCCAUGGGAGACGUUGUGCAAGUAUGCAGAAAGAAUGAACAUCAGGAUGCCUUUCAGGAAAAAAUGUUAUUACACUGACUGGAGGAGCAAAACCAUGGGCAGUUUGCAGAGGAACAUGAGAGAGCUGAAGAGCUGGCUGCCCAGAAAUCCGAUGAAGCUGGAUAAGGAGGCGCUGCCGGAUCUGGAGGAAACAGAUUGCUACACAGCCCCCUUCAGCCGCGCGCGCAUCCACCAUUUUACCAUAAACAAUAAAGACAGCUUCUUCAGCAACUCCACCAGAAGCAGAAUAGUGCAUCACAUGCUACAGAGAACUAAGUAUGAAGAUGGAAAAUCCAAAAUGGGUAUUAACAGAUUACUAAAUAAUGGAACAUACGAAGCUGCAUUUCCACCCCAUGAGGGGAGCCACAAGAGCAGACAUCCCAUCAAAACCCACGGAGCGCAGAACCACAGGCACCUAUUGUACGAGCGCUGGGCACGGUGGGGAAUGUGGUACAAAUACCAGCCUCUGGAUUUAAUCAGGCGAUACUUUGGUGAAAAAAUUGGGCUGUAUUUUGCCUGGUUGGGAUGGUAUACUGGAAUGCUUAUCCCUGCUGCCCUUGUUGGCCUCUUCGUUUUCCUUUAUGGAUUAUUUACGAUGGAUUCCAGCCAAGUAAGCAAAGAGAUCUGCGAGGCAAACGAAACCAUCAUGUGUCCUAUGUGCGAACGCAACUGCACGCUCCAGAAGCUCAAUGAAAGCUGCAUGUACGCCAAGGUUACACAUUUGUUUGAUAAUGGAGGGACUGUCUUCUUUGCUAUUUUCAUGGCAAUUUGGGCUACAGUAUUUCUGGAGUUUUGGAAAAGACGGAGAGCAGUAUUAACCUAUGACUGGGACCUAAUAGACUGGGAAGACGAAGAGGAAGAACUGCGAAAACCUGAACCUUUUCAACCUUUCCCUGAUAAACUCAGUAGGCUGAUGGUGUCUGUCUCAGGAAUAUUCUUCAUGAUUUCCCUGGUGCUCACUGCAGUAUUUGCCGUUGUGGUAUAUCGUCUGGUAGCUAUGGAACAGUUUGCAUCGUUUAAAUGGUAUUUCAUCAAAAAGUACUGGCAGUUUGCAACAUCUGGCACUGGAGUCUGUAUCAAUUUUAUGAUCAUCAUGUCCCUCAAUGUGGUAUAUGAAAAGGUUGCCUACCUCCUCACAGAUUUAGAGCACCCUCGAACAGAAUCCGAGUGGGAAAACAGCUUUGCCUUGAAAAUGUUCCUCUUCCAGUUUGUCAACCUGAACAGUUCUAUCUUUUAUAUUGCUUUUUUCCUUGGCAGAUUUGCAGGCCGCCCAGGGAAGUACAACAAGCUUUUUAACAGAUGGAGACUGGAAGAGUGUCAUCCAAGCGGCUGCUUGAUAGAUCUGUGCUUGCAAAUGGGAGUUAUUAUGGUUUUGAAACAGAUGUGGAACAACUUCAUGGAACUGGGCUAUCCGUUACUACAGAACUGGUGGUCAAGGCGCAAAAUGAAGAAAGGAGGGCAACUGAUGGAACACAAGAUUUCUCUACCUCAGUGGGAAAAAGAUUGGAAUCUGCAGCCUAUGAAUCUUCAUGGCUUAAUGGAUGAAUAUUUAGAGAUGGUUUUACAGUUUGGCUUUACCACCAUCUUUGUUGCUGCCUUCCCUCUGGCACCUCUCCUGGCAUUGCUUAACAAUAUCAUAGAAAUAAGGUUAGAUGCAUACAAAUUUGUCACUCAGUGGCGGAGACCUAUGCCUGCAAGAGCAACAGAUAUAGGUAUCUGGUAUGGGAUUCUGGAAGGAAUUGGAGUUCUGGCUGUCAUCACCAAUGCCUUUGUUAUUGCCAUUACUUCGGAUUACAUUCCGCGCUUCGUCUAUGCAUACAAAUACGGCCCUUGCACAGAUCAGGGAUACAGACAAGAAAAAUGCUUAAAAGGAUACGUCAACAGCAGUUUAUCGGUGUUUGAUCUGAGUGAGCUUGGGAUGGGAUACUCUGGAUAUUGCCGGUAUAGAGAUUACAGAGCGCCACCGUGGAGUUCGACUCCAUAUGAAUUCACUUUGCAGUUCUGGCAUGUCCUGGCAGCACGGCUGGCUUUCAUUAUAGUAUUCGAGCACCUUGUUUUUGGAAUCAAGUCUUUCAUUGCCUACCUGAUUCCAGACAUGCCCAAAGACUUAUGUGACAGAAUGAGGCGAGAGAAAUACUUAGUCCAGGAAAUGAUGUAUGAGGCUGAGCUGGAGCAUUUGCAGAAAGAGCGGAAGAAGAACGGGAAACAGUAUCACCACGAAUGGCCUUAGUUGCUACCACACUGCAACAGAAAUACUGG